AUGGAAGAGGUAUUUCACAGAAAUUACAAACUUACCACAUUUUAUUACCAAGUUUACUGACUUUGGGUGUCAGAGACCAGAAAAAUAUAUCAGUUUACUCAUUCAGAGCUAAACUUUAGCAAUGUUGCUAGUUAUCCAUAGGAUAAGGUGUAUUUAUCAUUUUAGGGAAAUAUCGCUUUAACAAAUGUGUGAUGAACAUGAAUUUGAUGAUGUGAUUAGAAAGAAGGAAGGGUAUUGUCUUUAUUUAAUCAUUAAAUGUCUGGUGUUUUCUAUUGAAAUAAGGUUAACUUUCUGGGCCAGAUAGAACGUUAUGGCUGAAUCCUAAAUGACAUUUCAGAGGCAUACGGUUCGGUCUGCGAUUGCACCCCCGUAAAAAAAACGGAUUUACGAAUGUCUUAGGAUUUUGAUGCUCUGCACUUUGUGUACCUUUUUAAGGUUAGAACCUUGAUGGGUUAUGAAAGAAGAAUUCACUACAAAACAGUUCUGAGAUCUGGGAUGUGAAAACUUUAAUACUGAAUAUCUCAGAACUAUGCUUUGCGCAGAUAGAACAUUAUAGUCCCAAGGUCUCGAAUUGUCAGUAUAAUGUGUAUGCAAAAAAUUGUGGUUUUCACCAAAUCUUAAAAACUGCUACUUGGUCUUACAUCAGAAGUAUUUAAUUCAGUUGUCUGCUGCAGACGGAAUCUAUGGGAUACACAACUAUAAAAGGUGAAUUGCAAUUCACUGGGAAUUUCACUAAAAGAUGUUGAAGCUAGUUGUCACAAGUACAGGUCCAUAGAGUCAUACAGGAAACGUAUUACUUUCAACACAUCAAACACGUAAGCCACUCUUCUGGGUAGCUCUUAACUCAACAAACUGUUCUUAUGGAAAUAAAAGCACAUAGAAUGUAAAUUACAUCCACCCAGAUAUCUGAUAGACUGUAUUGUAUUUGCUUAACUUCAACUUUAAACUUUUUCUACCAAAGCACUUUGGCCAUGUCCUGAUGUUGAGAUUAAUUGGAAAGUAGUACCAUGGUUAUAACUGCUGAACUAUUUACAGUUUCCUAAUUUCCUUUUCCUGUUAAAUAACUUAAUGAAAGGGUCGUGAUAGUUUUUCACCAUAUUCUUUUCACCUUUCAAAGCUUUGAAUCAAAUGAGAUGAAAGCUAUUCAACACUAUUGGCGCAAAGCCCACACUUUCUGAAAUACAAACCUAUCCUUACACUUUUUAUCACAACAGGAACAAUAGUUUUUUCCUUUGACAUCUGAACAUGUAACUUAAGCAUUCACAAUAGGAACCGGUGUUACGUCCCAUUCCGUACCCUCCCCUAUAUUGUUUCUUAGUUCCUGGUGUGUAAGCGUAAGCUGGACAGCAAGAAGGAGGCCCUUCUGAUCCUGUCCAAAGAGCUGGACACCUGUCAACAGGAGAGAGACCAGUACAAGCUGAUGGCCAACCAGCUGCGAGAACACCACCAGGGACUCAAGAAGAAGUACAGGGAGCUCAUUGUGAGUCUGUCUAUAGGAUUUAUGUUCAAUGUUUAGAACUCUUCUUUAUCUGUAAUGAUUUGUCUUAAAGUGAUAGUCCGGCCAAAUGACUACUUUGACUUUUUUUAAUGGUUUCUAAAAUGUGGUUUAUGGACCUGGAAAAUCAAUGACCCAUGAAUGUUUGUUAAAUUUGAUAGAGCUUAGCAUUAGUAUUUUGAGUGCAAAACAAUGGGACCACUGUUCAUGGUCUAAAUCACCUUAUAGUAAAAUGUUUGUAUUUCUUUCAGGAUGGAGAUCCUUCUUUACCACCUGAAAAACGCAACCAGGUAAGUUGAGCUGUCUCUAAUGCCCAUGCUAUAUCCCUCAAACUAUAGCAUAUGUUAUAUACACUAACAGUCAAACGUUUGGACACAGCUACUCAUUCAAGGGUUUUUCUUUAUUAUUACUAUUUCUUACAUUGUAGAAUAAUAGUGAAGACAUCAUAACUAUGAAAUAACACAUAUGGAAUCAUGUAGUAACCCAAAAAGUGUUAAACAAAUCAAAAUAUAUUUUCUAUUUGAGAUUCUUCAAAUAGCCACCCUUUGCCUUGAUGACAGCUUUGCACACUCUUGACAUUCUCUCAACCAGCUUCAUGAGGUAGUCACCUGGAAUGCAAUUCAAUUAACAGGUGUGCCUUCUUAAAUGUUAAUUUGUGGAAUUUAUUUUCCUUCUUAAUGCAUUUGAGCCAAUCAGUUGUGUUGUGACAAGGUAGGGGGGGUUUACAGAAGAUAGCCCUAUUUGGUAAAAGAAUAAGUCCAUAUUAUGGCAAGAACUGCUCAAAUAAGCAAAGAGAAACAACAGUCCAUCAUUACUUUAAGACAUGAAGGUCAGUCAAUCCGGAAAGUUUCUUCAAGUGCAGUCACAAAAACCAUCAAGCGCUAUGAUUAAACUGGCUCUCAUGAGGACCGCCACAGGAAAGGAAGACCCAGAGUUACCUCUGCUGCAGAGGAUAAGUUCAUUAGAAUUACCAGCCUCAGAAAUUGCAGCCCAAAUAAAUGCUUCAGAGUUCAAGUAACACACAUCUCAACAUCAGCUGUUCAGAGGAGACUGUGUGAAUCAGGCCUCCAUGGUUGAAUUGCUGCAAAGAAACCACUACUAAAGGACACCAAUAAGAAGAGACGUGCUUGGGCCAAGAAACACGAGCAAUGGACAUUAGACUGGUGGAAAUCAGUCUGGAGUCCAAAUUUGAGAUUUUUGGUUCCAACCAGCGUGGCUUUGUGAGACGCGGUGUGGAUGAACGGAUGAUCUCCGCAUUUUGUAUUUCCCACCGUAAAGCAUGGAGGAGGAGGUGUUAUGGUCAAGGGGUGCUUUGCUGGUGACAUUGUCUGUGAUUUAUUUAGAAUUCACACUGAACCAGCAUGGCUACCACAGCAUUCUGCAGCAAUACACCAUCCCUUCUGGUUUGGGCUUAGUGGGACUAUAAUUUGUUUUUCAACAGGACAAUGACCCAACACACCUCCAGGCUGUGUAAGGGCUAUUUUACUAAGAAGGAGAGUGAUGGAGUGCUGCAUCAGAUGACCUGGCCUCCACAAUCCCCUGACCUCAAUCCAAUUGAGAUGGUUUGGGAUGAGUCGGACAGCAGAGUGAAGGAAAAGCAGCCAACAAGUGCUCAGCAUAUGUGGGAACUCCUUCAAGACUGUUGGAAAAGCAUUCCAGGUGAAGCUGGUUGAGAGAAUGCCAAGAGUGUGCAAAGCUGUGAUCAAGGUAAAGGGUGGCUAUUUGAAGAAUCUCAAAUAUCAAAUAUAUUUUGAUUUGUUUAACACUUUCUUGGUUACUACAUGAUUCCAUAUGUGUUAUUUCAUAAAGUCUUCACUAUUAUUCUACAAUGUAGAAAAUAGUUUUUUUUUUCAGCCUCUCCAACCUUGUGUGUGUGUGUGUGUGUGUCUGAGGGGUUGGGUACAGCAGAAGAUAUUUAUGUCUCGUAUGGAUUAAUAAAAGCAUUCGAUCUCUCUGACCUCUCCCCAGGUGAACUUGGCUCAGCUGUUGAGAAAUGCAAGGGAGCGAGGGAAACAGCUAGCCGAGGAGCUGAAGGAGCUGAAUCAGAGACUGGUAGAGGCCCAGGGGGAUAACAAGGUAGGGCAUCAAACAUACACACACACACACACAUGCAUCUCUAGCUCUCAUACUAACUCAAAGUGAAUCUGUUCCUCCCUCUAUUUGACCCGUCUCUCCCUGGUCCACAGCUGCUGAGGAUGACCAUCACCAGACAGAGGCUAGGGGAUGAGGAGGUGGGGGCACGCCACUUCCCCGCCCAUGAGAGAGAAGACCUGGUCCACCAACUGGAGAAGGCAGGGCUACAGGUAGGAAGGGAUCUUGUCCAAUGAGAUUGCAAUUUUUUCAUUUUUAGUUUCAAAACGCUAUGCUACAUCGUGCCCUAAUGAACACGACAAGUGCCUCUCCUUCUUCAGCACUUUCAGAAUAGUUCAAAAAUGGAAGAUAGGAGACAACCGUGUCCUAUUCACUUUCUCUCACGCUGUUUCUCUCGCUCACUGUCUCUCUCUCUCUCUCUCGCUGUCUCUCUCUCUCUCUGUGUCUGUGUGUCUCUCUCUCUCUCUGUGUCUCUCUCUGUGUCUGUGUGUGUGUGUGUUCAGAUGGAGGAGCUGGAGAACAGUGUUAAGGCGCUGACUGACGAGCUGGAGGACGUUAAGGCAGAACGUGUUGUGUUCAGUGAGAAGGCUGAGCGCCUCAACCUGGAGCUCAACCAUAUCCUGGGCGGCCACGAGACCCGUAUCAUCGAUGUGGACGCCCUCUGUAUGGAGAACAGGUGAGGGGGGGAAAGGUGGUGGACUUUUCUCUGCUAGUAUUACAUUUUACAUUACAGUUGAGUAAUUUAGCAGAAGCUCUUAUUAAGAGCAACUUACAGUCAGUGCAUUCAAUUAAGGUAGGUAAAAACGACAUGCCACAUGUCACACAGUAUUCAACACAAUUCAAUUACCCCCAAUGUAUAUUAGGCUAUGCACACAUUUUUUUUUACUACUGUACAGCAUAAAAGGAGACAUUUUCAUACACUGCGAGGUUGGCACUAUUUCAAUGUCAUGUUAUUCCAGGUUGGCAUAGGGUGUUCUGUGUGUGUUUCUAGUUGAAGAAUUGUUGUUUGCGGCAUUUUUUUUUUUUUUUGCUGAAUACAUUAAUCUAAGGCUAUUUUUGCCCUCUGUCAGGUAUUUACAUGAGAGGUUCAACCAAGUCCAAGAGGAGGUCAACUUGCUGAAGUCCAAUAUCAUGAAAUACAAGGUAGUGAGGUGUCUGUCUCUGUCAUUCUGUCUGUCUGUAACAGUGGGCUCAAUUCGAUCCUACCCGCAUUGCAGUAACAACUAUUUUACCAUCAGUUAGACUCCCCUCACGGGUAGAUACUUCAGAAUAAGGUGUGUGUGUGUGCAUGCAGUAAACAAAGGCGCUGUGUCAACAUUGCAUUGCAAUUACAUUUAAUUCUAGCUAGUGUCGCUUGACAGUCCCAAAGAAAGUUAGAGUUGAUAGAGAUGACAGCUGAUAAAGGUGGGUGUGUUUGUUUUGCAGACUGCAUUGGAGAGGAGGAAGAGCUCUAAAUUGUCUGGGAAGUCCAACAGCAGUGCUCUAACAGGAGUGCUCUCUGCCAAACAAGGUACACCACCGUCGCAUACAGAUAUGUCCAGCUACCACAUGGCAGGUCCAAAUUCAGACUGGUAGCUCUGUAGUGAGUAAGCUAAGGAUGCUGGUCAGAGCAACUGAUCCGAGAACAGCAGUUAGGAACUUUCUAAGUGAUCUCCUCUGUCCCUCUGUCAUUGAAUCUAGGUCAUGCAUAGCCCAGUGAAGCAUAAGUAUAGAAGAUGUGAACUAACUAGCUAGUGAGUGCAAGCCCACUGCAAUGAUUUAACCUUCUCUGAGAUUCGAAGGAUCUAUUCUAGAACCUGUAUAGCAGGUAUUGUAGCGUGGCAGUGCGAGUUGCAUUACAUUAUUUACUUGAAGAAAUCAAGCUACAUUAGCACACUGACGUGUGGAAACCAUUUUCAACUCUUGUGAAAGCCUAUCAUAUGUAUUCUACUGCACCAGAGUUCCAGAUAAAAAAGCACCUGUAAUUCCCAUUCUGUCUUAAGUAGACAUUAUUUCAACAUUAGAGUUAUGUUAGUCUCCAGUGACUAACUUUUGAAACACCUGAGACUUGUCCUACUUUGUAUUCAGAGUUCUGGCAGAGACACAAAGCAUAGGUCUUGAUUGACAGUUCUCGGCAGAGCCAGCACAGUAGGGCAGCAGUUAAAGCUAGAGGAAGCAGGGAGGUAACCUAUUAUACAGACAGCUGUUUCUAUCUCUCUGUCACUCUUUCACUCACUCUCUCGCUUUUUCUUUCUUUCUUUCUUUAUCCUUCUCAUCUAUCCUGUGUGUCGCUCCUGUCUAAAUACUGUUUCUCCUAUUUUUGUCGGUCUCGCUAUCUGUUUUCAUCUCCCUCCUCACACUGAUUUACUUCCGUCCUCCCCCUCUCUUCUUCUACUCUCUCUAUUCCCGUCUCUCCCUUCCUCUCUUUCAUUUCCUUCUCACCGACUCUCUCCUCACUUACUCCUCUUUCCCCUCUAUUCCCCCUUUCUUUACCCCUCUUCCUGCGAUCCCCCCCUCCCUUGCUCUCUCUGUCUGUCUGUCUGUCUGUCUGUCUGUCUGUCUGUCUGUCUGUCUGUCUGUCUGUCUGUCUGUCUGUCUGUCUGUCUGUCUGUCUGUCUGUCUGCAGUGCAGGAGUUGUUGUCUGAGGAGCAGGGCUGCAGUCUCCCGGCCACGCCCAAGUCCAUCUCUGACCUCAAGUCCCUGGCCACGGCCCUGCUGGAGACCAUCCAUGAGAAGAACCUGGUCAUUCAGCACCAGAGACACACCAAUCGGUAUACACACUGGCACAUACACAUUUCUACAAUACACACAGGCCUAGACACACACACGCACACACAGUCCACACAGUCCCUUUCUUAUUCUUUAAUAUCCUUUAUUUACGUCUGGUGUGCUUCAUCUCCAUUGACCUUUAACCAUAGUAAGUUCAUAUACCUCGCCACACAAUGUUCUCCACUCCUCCUAGUCAAACAGUGGAGACACACUUAGUUUACAGUCUGGCCACUGGGCCAUGAGGGACCAUGUGACUCACCCUCCAGCUUAUCUUCUCCACACAGGAUUCUGGGGAAUCGAGUUGCUGAGCUGGAGGGGAAGUUGAAGACCUUAGAGGUGUCCGGCUUGUGGAGUCUUCCAGGUUGGUUACAAUAAUGUUGUUCAAACGCAUUGACUGUUUUUGACAUGAGUGUAAAUCAUAGACAGUGGGGUUUUGCUUGGGUGGAUAAUACUAGAUUUAGCAGCUAAAUAACACUAUAGAGAACAAUGCACCACACCAUUAGCAAACACACUGUGUCUACCAACAUUUAUUUGCAAAUAUCUGGUUAAUGCUAGCUCCAAUGGGACUGUAUGAUGAAAUGUUACCCAGCUUUACCUACUGAGAAAAACUAAAUUGAAUGAACUGACCAAUUGGUGGUGAACUGACCAAUGAAAUGGUGUGUUAUUAACUGGGUAUCUCCUCCCUGGCUGCGGCUGCCUACAGGCAUGACCUACCACGUUUCUCUGGGAAUACGGAGUAUGUGUUCUGUAUAUACUGCCUUUCUUAGCCCAUGCCCUCCAUUGUGCCAUGCCAGAACAAACCUGGGCAUCCUCCCAAAACUGCCAUCUCAUACCCACCGUCCUAAUGCUACCUCCAUUCCAGCCCAAGGCCACUCCUUGUGCAUUCAUGUCACCUGUUGGGAUCUUCUCACCUGCUGUACAUAGUCACUUACAGCUUAACCUCGGAACCCAGAGCUAAAUCACACUUGCACAAUGGCCACCUACUCAGUUUGGUUACUCGAUUCAUAACAUUUGUGUUAACAGUCUGUCCUGAGAGACUACUUACUGUUCCUUUUAUCAGAAUAAAAGGUGAAUCCAUCUUUUGUGUAUAUUUGAAUGUAGGUAGAACUACAGGUAGGUAACCUAGCGGUUAGAGCGCUGGGCCAGUAACCAAAAGGUUGCUACACUGAACACAAAUAUAAACGCAACAUGCAACAAUUUCAAAGAUUUUACUGAGUUACAAUUCAUAUAAGGAAAUCAGUGAAUUUAAAUAAGUUAAUUAGGCCCUAAUCUAUGGAUUUCACAUGACUGGGAAGUGGGAUUUCACAAGGCAGGGGCGUGGUGAGAAAACCAGUCCGUAUCUGGUGUGACCACCAUUUGCCUCAUGCAGCGUGACACAUCUCCUUCGCAUACAGUAGAGUUGAUCAGGCUGUUGAUUGUGGCCUGUGGAAUGUUGUCCCACUCCUCUUCAACAGCUGUGCAAAGCUGCUGGAUAUUGGCGGGAACUGUAACACGCUGUCGUACAUGUCAAUCUAGAGCAUCCCAAACGUGCUCAAUAGGUGACAUGUCUGGGGAGUAUGCAGGCCAUGGAAGAACUGGGACAUUUUCAGCUUCCAGGAAUUGUGUACAGAUCCUUGCAACAUGGGGCCAUGCAUUAUCAUGCUGAGACAUGAGGUGAUGGUGGCGGAUGAAUGGCACGACAAUGGGCCUCAGGAUCUCGUCGCGGUAUCUCUGUGCAUUCAAAUUGCCAUAGAUAAAAUACAAUUGUGUUCGUUGUCUAUAGUUUAUGCCUGCCCAUACCAUAACCCCACCGCCACCAUGGGGCACUCUGUUCACAACGUUGACAUCAGCAAACUGCUCGCCCACAUGACGCUGUCUGCCAUCUGCCCGGUACAGUUGAAACCGAAAUUCAUCCAUGAAGAGCACACUUCUCCAGUGUGCCAGUGGCCAUCGAAGGUGAGCAUUUGCCCACUGAAGUCGGUUACGACGCUAAACUGCAGUCAGGUCAAGACCCUGGUGAGGACAACGAGCACGCAGAUGAGCUUCCUUGAGACGGUUUCUGACUGUUGGUGCAGAAUUUCUUUGGUUGUGCAAACACACAGUUUCAUCAGCUGUCCGGGUGGCUUGUCUCAGAUGAUUCUGCAGGUGAAGAAGCCGGAUGUGGAGGUCCUGGGCUGGCAUGGUUACACAUGGUCUGUGGUUGUGAGGCUGGUUGGACGUACUGCCAAAUUCUCUAAAACGACGUUGGCUGUGGCUUAUGGUAGAGAAAUGAAUAUUAAAUUCUCUGGCAAUAGCUCUGGUGGACAUUCCUGCAGUCAGCAUGCCAAUUGCACACUCCCUCAAAACUUGAGACAUCUGUGGCAUUGUGUUGUGUGACAAAACUGCACAUUUUAGAGUGGCCUUUUAUUGUCCCCAGCACAAGGUGCACCUGUGUAAUGAUCAUGCUGUUUAAUCAGCGUCUUGAUAUGCCACACCUGUCAGGUGGCUGGAUUAUCUUGGCAAAGGAGAAAUGCUCACUAACGGGGAUGUUAACAAAUUUGUGCACCAAAUUUGCGAGAAAUACGUUUUUUGUUUCAGCUCAUUAAACAUGGAACCAAAACUAUACAUGUUGUGUUUAUAUUUUUGUUCAGUAUAGUUUGAAUCCCCGUGUCGACAAGAUGAAAAAUCUGUCGAUCUGCCCUUGAGCCCUGUUUAUCUGCACUUAACCCUAAUUGCUCCAGGGUCGCCGUAAAUAAUGGCUGAUCCCUUGCCGUGACACAACUCUUGAACAUGCAGUGAAACAGGACAAAUAUAUGCGUUCCAAAAAUACUGGUAAUGAAUGACAGGUAAUUUGGGGAGCUAUUUCCCCCGCAAGGACAAAUCCCAUAACAGCAUCAAGCCAGAGUCCUGAUAAAUGGGCAAUUCCCACUGCUUUCAAAUACUGAAAUAGACUGUAACUUUUUAAGCGUAUGAUUAGUAAAUACCUGAACUAGCUUAACAUAGCUUCCCUCAAUCUAAUGGAAAGAACAGCAAAUGUACCAUGCAGAGACGUGCCAGUCAGACCUUGAGAUUUUAGAACAGUUUCUCCAGUGUGCACCAGAGGGGGGUGUUGUGCUGUGUUUAAAGUACACCGGUGGGAUUUAGGCGGCGAGCUGUAGCUCGAUGAAGCUCGCCUGUCAUUCUCCCUGCCAUAAAACUGACAAGCAUCCAUUACUGAAAAUGAUUGCCCACAUUACAAACACAUUUAGGGGAAUGUGCUGUUAUUAGGGAAUUUGUAGACGAGGCCCAAAGUGCCUCAUGACUCUGUCCACCACCACAACCGGCGUGGGGCAGAGAGAGAGGACGAGAUGGAGAUUAAGAGAGAGAGUGGCUUUGUCGAGAUGGACAGACACGACGGGGCGAGGAAAAAACAACAACAGAAAGAGGGGCCGAUUGGGGGCAGGCCCCGAGUCAAAACAUUAGAGGUGCCAUGUGUCGUUGUUCCCGAAAGACAAGUUAAAAGGGACAGAAAAAAACACAGCGAUUCACUCAAAUAGACUUGUGAUUGACUCGACUACCCAAACCCCCCAGGGAGCGAUCCCCUGUUCAAUGAGCGCUGGAAUACAUGCAGACUGAAAGCCUGUCUGGGCGCAUCAACCAGACUCGAUUGCAAACGGGGCGAGACUCGCAUAUACAGUAGCCUACUACACUGGAGAAGAUACAGGGUGCAAUGCCCUGAUAGAAAGACAUAUCAUUACCCAGGUAUUUUUGAACAAAGAUUUCUCUCCCUCACUUUUCCCUGUCGUUGUUGCCACCUCUCCGCGGAUUAACGUCAGUGAUGGCGCGGGCCGGCAUCUCACGAAGACGGUGUCUCGGAUGUGACAGACCUGCCUUGUUGUCAAAAUAGGAGACGGGUGACCCCCCCCCUGGUGUGACUGUAGGGACUAGAGAAGCUGGGUACCAGAGAGAUGUCAGAUGUCUGUUUGGAUGAGGGAGAUAGGCCUACAGUAUUGGGUGUUAUUGUGUGGGUGUCAGUUUAAAGGUGGAUGCAAUUCUAUUUGUGGAGGUAGUACUUAUUUUGGUACCUCUCUACUAUCUUUGUUUUAGUAUGUGUGAGGAGAAGGUAUGUAGGAUAUGUUUGGGCAGAAAUAGGCUACAGGAUUAAUGGCUUCAUGCAUAUGUGCGUGCGAGAUGGGAUAUCUGUCUCUUAGUGCGUGCGUGCGUGCGUGCGUGUGUGUGUGUGCCUUGGUGUGUUUUGUGUAUAUGAGUGUAUACAAGAGUGUGUUUGUGCAGUUAUUCAUCUCUGUGUGUUUGUGUAUGCGCAUGUGCACGUGUGUGUGUGUGUGUCUGUGAGAGGAGGAAUGGACGGAUGGAUGGGCAGCUGUCAGGAGGGUAUAAACCCACUCCUCCAUACCUCCUCCUGAGCACGGUGUGUGCUGAAGACCUGCUGCGUUCAGCACAGGCCCUGCUCUGCAUACAUAAUCACCACUUUAUUACUGGCUUUAAAAAGCAGCCUGAGAAACUCACAAGUCACCAAAGGCCCUCUCAACUCAGAACGAGCAAGGCUCUCAGCCUGUAUGAGGGCUAGCGUCCAGAUGAAAGUUUGAAGUAAUACUGAGCCUUGCCAUUGCAUGUUUCCCAAUGGGCAUUCUUUAAAAUACGAAUAUGCUAAUUUGUGAAAUGAGAUGUACAGAAACGAAGUUGCAGAGUCCUUUUUCAUAAACUGCUUUCGAGGAAAGAAAAAGGGGAAACUUCACAAGCCAAUCAAAGUACGAUGUGCAUCCAUUGCCAUAGAUUGAGGUGAAGUGGAAUUGACCCCAACCCCUGGUGACUAUAGAAAAUAUGAGCAGUGCCCUGCAUUCAUAACAUAAGUGUUUGUGUCCCAUUCAUGCUUGAUAGUUAACAUGUUUCACAUGCUGCCAUCCAUUUUUAGCAUUCUUCUGUUUCUGUUUUUAUUUAUAUUUGUUUUAAUGUUUUUGUUCGUGUUUCACACUUGAGUGGCCCUAGAAGUGGUUUGUGUCGAGUGAAUGUGUGUGUGUGUGUUUGUGCGUGCAUGGGUGUGUGUGUGUGUGUGUGUGUGUGUGUGUGAUGUCUGGUAUACGGUGCACGGUCCCCUGUGAGUAGCAUAUGGCGUCAGCCCAGGAGGCAUGCAGCCAUCACUAAUGAAGACUGAUGACAGGGAACUGCAGCCACUUCCUGUGAGCACAGUUGUGUGUGUGUGUGUGUGUGUGUGUGUGUGUGUGUGUGUUUGUGUGUGUGUGUGUGUGUGUGUGUGUGUGUGCGUGUGUGCGCGCGCAUUUGGAUGAUUAUGACUUUAUCUGUGUGUAGAAGCAUGCCCCUUCCUUACCUGCUUACACAAGUACCUUUAGAAAACCACCCUCAUGUUUUUAGCAUCUGUGUCUGUUGGGUAUUUUUAUUUUCUGACAGGGUGGGGAAAAAUUCCCCGGAAGGUAACUCUUGUUCCGCUGUGGGGUUGUUGGGUUAACAGGGGGACGAGACACCAUUACGCUGAGCGAGAGCCAGCGAACCGAGCUCCUAUCGCCCAGCAUCAUGCCGUGCCCACCUCAGCCCCACACGCAUGCAGCAAUGCAGCCACCCAAAGGUGAGUGUGUAAUUGUGUGUAACUGGGCUUCGCCGUUCGUUAAACGUCGCCCUUGGGCAGCGGCUAAAACGCUGUAAUUAGCUCCAUCCCCCUCUCCCCACAGCCUUCUUCAUUUUGCGCCCAGUCCCCUUUCCCGCCUCUCCUCCAAUGCUGGCCUCUCAUUGGUGCUGACUGAUAAGUACCUGAUGCUCCUCAAAUGCCAUGGCAUUUUGGAAAUGUGAGCACAAUUCUCGUCCACUGACAUUCAAAAAGUUGGGGUGUGUUUUUGGAAGGAGGGGCACCAUAAAUAUGGAUGCUGGCGUGACAUUUUUUUUCUCUCUCUUGUGGGGGCAAGUGUACUCUGCGGUCUGUCUUUAACCUUUUUGACUGAACAUUCACAAAUAUGGGACAGUAAUCUGCGGAAUGGGAGAAUAUUUUGGAGAGGAAGCAGGGGGCGUCGCUAUGUUUAGCCUGUUGCCAUGGAAGUGCUUGAGUCACAAUUUAUUGAAAUAACUUUGUCAAUUGACACAGCCCCCCAACUCCAAAGAAAAGUUGGGGUAGUUAGUUAUGCAAUCCUGUAAUGUCAUCUUAAUUCUCUGUCAAUUUUAAAGGAACAAUCAACUUUUUACAGGUGCUCAGAGUAAUGUGGAGUUAUUUUGCAUGUCCGUAACGUUCACACCGCAGACUCACUCACUUAACUUGGUUGAUUUACAUAGCUUACACUCAUACAUUAUCCAUUUACACAGCUCUACAUACACCCAGGCUGGUUGGAUAUAGCAUGCGGAUUAAGGACCAACAGGAAUUUGGUUGGGUCACCACUCAGUCUUUGACCACUAUCAAGCAUUACUGCUACAUGCAAAUAUCAGCAGACUGCAUCCCCUAGCACCGAACCCGUUGGUGUUUGAAGUGCUGAUCUAGGAUCAGGUCCCCUCUGUCCAUAUGAUCUUGUUCAUUAUGAUCUGAAAAGCAAAACUGAUCCUAGAUCAGUACUCCUACUCUGAGGCACUUUAUGAAUACUGGCCCCGAUAUGACUGUUUAGGUACUGUAUAAGCAAUGUAGUAGGAACAGCUCAACCUAGUUUACCAAUGGGCUUCUUCAACCUUGAUUAGCCGAACCAGCUGUUUUGGAGCAGGGCAGGAGGAAAUGCCUGGACACCCAGUAGCUUUACAGGAGGACAGUUUAUCACUCGAGAGGUAGAGUUUAGAGGGAGUUACAACUUCAUUAUAACUACACUCCCACAAUGAACUCUUCUCCUCUCUCCCAAUGUGACUAGACGACAGAAUGGGAGCGUCGUCGUGGGAACGGGCCACAGCUGGCGGUGACUUUGGCGCAGAUGGCUUUGGCGGGGAGGGCGCACCCGAGCCCAGUGACGGGGCAGAGGCUAACUGCGUCUGCCUGAGUGACAGGCGGGGAGUGGAGAUUGUGACGCUGUCGGAGGAGCAGGCAGCCUCGGAGCUGGAAGAGGGGCGGAGUCCCGUGGAGGAGGAGGGGCAUGAGGUGAAAGUGGAAGAGGACGAGGAGCUGGGCUCCACAGUGGAGGAGGGAGAGGAGGCGGCCCUGGCGCUCGACGCCCCACCCUUAGAGGUGGAGUCAGACUUGGGUAACCUCCCACAGCUGCCUGUAAGGCAAGCUACCAUAGACUACACCCUUGAGGCGGGUCAUUCGAUCUGCCAUGCUCAAGCAGUGGAGCCUACUGGACUCCCUGAGACAGAAGAUGCCUCUAAGCCAGCUUCCAUAUUUAAGACCCCAGACUGGGGCGGCAUAGAUGGGUGGGACCUGCACUGUCAAUCAGGACAGAGUGACAGUUGCCAUAGCGGCAAUCAUUGAAAAGUGAUGUUUAUCUUGGUUGCUUUACUACUGACUAGCAACAUUUCCACAACGUAGACCAACCCCCCUUUUGUGCUCCCAGCCAUUCAUUGCGUGAGUCUAUAGAAUGUAUAGGGAAAACACUUCCUCAGCCUCCCAUUGACAGUCAGAGCCUGGAGUGUACUUUGCAUCUAGAUAGUGUUGUUGCUCUGAAAAGAGCAGACAAUCUGGAAAUCAAUCCACUUGCAAGUCUAAUGUCCUACAGGAGUAAUUUAGCAAAGAAAAUAGCAAAGAUAGCAAAGUCCCCCCCCCAAACUGCCUCCAUGGUAGGAUAAUCCCAGCUGUUUGCUUCCUGUUUAUUCCUAAGGGUUGCUAGUUAAAUGAGUGUUUAUUUAUUUAUUUUUUACUGUUGUCCACAUACAGGAGCCACUGUGAGUUUAGUGUGAUUAAUGUAAUAGAUUUGCAUGGAAAUCUGUGAAAGACAUUGGUCCAGAGUUUGUAAACACACUAAUGUAUUUGUUUUGUAUUGAUAUAGCUUUAUGUAUAUAGAUUAUAGUUAGUCACUAAUCAAUUAUGGAGCCCUUUUCUUAUUCUGUUUCUAAUGGAAAAGUAGACGUUGGCUUGUGACUGCAUGUGCCUUAUAUGGAAUAUUUAUAAAUAAUUUUGAAUUUAAAAUCCAUUUGAAUGAGC